AUGUUUGGUCAAAUUUAGUUCUGAAAAAAAAUCAUCGAUUCGAUUUAGAUCAUCGUUUCUUCCUAGGAUCUUCGUGGUUGAUCUCUGUUUUGCUCUCGGAAUCUUUUGCGUAGAUCCACCCCACGUGUGUGUGUGUGGGGGGGGGUUCUGUUAUCGUAUUUCUAGAAUAUUCUCGUGCCGUAACGUUUCACUGAUGCGCAGUUUCUGAAUCGUUCGAUGCUUUGCCUCUGUAGCUGACUAUUCAAGCUUAUGGCUUCUAGAAGAAUUAACAGCGAGCUUAGGGACCUGCAAAAGGACCCUCCUUUCUCUUGCAGUGCCGGUCAGUAUAUUAACUAUCAAAGUCCUGUGGGUGAUGAUAUGUACCACUGGCAAGCAACUAUCAUGGGUCCAACUGAUAGCCCAUUCACCGGUGGUGUAUUUCUUGUUUCCAUUCACUUCCCUCCAGAUUACCCCUUCAAGCCACCAAAGGUUUCUUUCCGCACCAAGGUCUAUCACCCGAAUGUCAACAGUAAUGGCAGCAUCUGUCUUGACAUUCUGAAGGAGCAGUGGAGCCCUGCUCUUACCAUAUCCAAGGUUCUUCUGUCGAUAAGCUCAUUGCUGACGGAUCCAAACCCUGAUGAUCCUCUGGUUCCAGAGAUAGCUAACAUCUACAAGACAGACCGUACCAAGUACGAGAACACUGCCCGAUCCUGGACCCAGAAGUAUGCAAUGGGAUGAUAUGAUGGUUGGCAAUAAUGAUCCGCACCAGUAAAGCAUUUGUCUAAGAAUUGGAGAAAUAAGAAGGAAAAAAAACAUUAAUUUAGCUUUUGCUUGGUUGCUUGAUUUAAUUAGUUUUAUUAUCUUUCUAAGCCAUGUGUUGGGUGUGUACAUGAGCGCUAUUUAAGCCUUAUUGAAACAUUUGAUAUCUUUCUUUUAAUCCAGUAAUUGGCUAUUAUAACGAUCAA